CCGGGCGGCGGCGGCGGCGGCGGCGGCAUGGCGGAGAGCGAGGCCGAGACCCCCAGCACGCCGGGCGAGUUCGAGAGCAAGUACUUCGAGUUCCACGGCGUGCGGCUGCCGCCCUUCUGCCGCGGGAAGAUGGAGGAGAUCGCCAACUUCCCGGUGCGGCCGAGCGAUGUGUGGAUCGUCACCUACCCCAAGUCCGGCACGAGCUUGCUGCAGGAGGUGGUCUACCUGGUGAGCCAGGGGGCCGACCCCGACGAGAUCGGCCUAAUGAACAUUGACGAGCAGCUCCCGGUCCUGGAGUACCCGCAGCCAGGCCUGGACAUCAUCAAGGAACUGACGUCACCCCGCCUCAUCAAAAGCCACCUCCCCUACCGCUUCCUGCCCUCCGACCUCCACAACGGCGACUCCAAGGUCAUAUACAUGGCUCGGAACCCCAAGGACCUGGUGGUGUCGUAUUACCAGUUCCACCGCUCCCUGCGGACCAUGAGCUAUCGAGGCACUUUCCAGGAAUUCUGCCGGAGAUUCAUGAAUGACAAGUUGGGCUACGGCUCCUGGUUUGAGCACGUGCAGGAGUUCUGGGAGCACCGCAUGGACGCGAAUGUGCUUUUCCUCAAGUACGAAGACAUGCACCGGGACCUGGUGACGAUGGUGGAGCAGCUGGCCAGGUUCCUGGGGGUGUCCUGUGACAAGGCCCAGCUGGAGUCCCUGACUGAGCACUGCCACCAGCUGGUGGACCAGUGCUGCAAUGCCGAGGCCCUGCCUGUGGGCCGGGGAAGAGUCGGGCUGUGGAAGGACAUCUUCACUGUCUCCAUGAACGAGAAGUUUGACUUGGUGUACAAACAGAAGAUGGGAAAGUGUGACCUCACGUUUGACUUUUAUUUAUAAUCAAGCAAUAGCAAACUUGCAUGCUCACGGUCCCCGACACUAUAGCUAAAGUCCCGUUUGCACUCAUUUGUUACUUGCUGGACAAACUCUGGAAGCAGUGUGAAGCCCGGGGUGGGGAGGGAAACAGUGGAGAAAUCAGAGGAAAUGGGAUUAUUUCUGACCCAGAGCAGCUGUCUUGCCUUUGGAAUUUGAAGUCUACAUGUCUGAUUGUAAAGAUUGCAGUUCUGACGGCCUGUCCCAUGGGUCUCAAGUCUGUGACAUAUGCAACUAGAAUGUCUACCUUUUACAACCCACAUUAUUUAUUGUAUUUUAUAGAGCUUUUCACUGGAAAUCUAAAUAAAUGUCAGUAAACCAAAUAAAAGUUCAUUUCCGAGGGGACUCAGGAGCGAGCCACACCCAAACAGUAGAAGGAUCUCAGGGUUGACUCUUUAUUUUUGUAGUUUUAGUCUGUAAGGCACAGCUGUUCGGUUCUCGCCUGGUUCUGAGAUGCAGGUGAGGACAAGGGUGAGCUGGGUGUGGGGGGAUGUGUUUCUCCUGGUAGAGUUCAGGUCUCAGUCACCUCCCUAAAAUGCAGCGGGAACUGCUCACGAGGGCGAUGUCAGAGAGGAUGCUCUGCGGCCGGAGAGCCCGGCGCGCGCUCAUACAGGGGACGCAGCGGAACACCGACGCCAAGACUGGAGACCCCGCCACAGAGACACUGAGUCCACUCGGAACCCGGGUUUUUGUUCCACUGUCUUACUUUCAUCCCCUGAAGCUGAAACCUGCUUAUGCUGGCAACCAGAUGCUUGUAGUCAAUUCUAGAACUCCUGGGUCUUUGUCUGCCAGUCAGUUGUUCCAUCUGAACCUGCAGCUCUCAGCCACGGAGACCCGGUUUGCAAGCUGAGCACCCUGUCUCACCCAGAUGGGGCUGGCGAUGUCACCCCACUGUAUCCAAGGAAGCAGAGGUGGGCUUGUCAUCGACCCCCGACCCGCUUCACUAACUGGCCCACAUUUUGCUGGAGAAGUGACAGAGACGGCCAGGUGAGCAGCAGGGCCGGCGGCCGGCGGGCACGCAGGUUGCCGCCGCGGUGGGACUGGGCUGUCUUGGCUGCUUACGUGGCUGGGAGGUGCCCGGAGUGGUGGUCAGAGGGGUCACCGCUGUCUAAGGGGUCUGCUGUGCAUGCUGACUGCAAAGGGCAGGUGUACACUUUGUUAUUUGUCGAGAGCAGCUUGAACAGGGCUGGUGGUACGUGGCGCUGCGGUGGGCUUGGCAGCACUUUUUCUGUGUAUCUGCAAGGGAGGCUGCUUUCUGUGAAAUUUCUUUUCUAUUUUUCUAUUUUUAGUACUGUAUGGGCUUACUGAGCGCCACACGUGGUACUUCUGUGCUUGCUUGCGUCUUUAAUAAAGACACGU